AUGGCUCUACCUGAGGGUUAUGGAUAUGUUCCGAGUUCAUUGAUCACCAUUGGGUGGGUCCUUGUCUGGCAGAGUAUCAUGGUUGGGAGGUACCGCAAGAGGGCAGGGGUCGAGUUUCCUCAACUGUAUGCUGAACAAGCUGAGGUCAAAGAUUCCGCUGCAGCCCUUCGUUUCAACUGCAUGCAGCGUGCACACCAAAAUACGCUUGAAACGGCACCCGUGUUGCCGUCAGAACUGUCAUGGCAGGGUCUGAAGUACCCUGCUCUAGCUGCUGCCAUAUGUGUUGCAUAUUCCUUCGCGCGCAUCGCUUAUACCAUUGGAUACAAGUCGGGCCAACCAAAGAGGCGGGUGUUUGGAAGUAUUGUCAGCAAUUUCUCAGUGCUUGGACUCUUGUCGACUGCUACAUACGUUGCCUACCAGCUCCUUCCAUCGUGUUAA